AUAUGAAUAUGCACAAAAUAGAAUUAGACAUGGUUUUUGGAGUCGCAUUCUUUUGUCUUACACAUCCUAUUUCUUUCUCUUCCCAUAUCCUAGCUGGAGCUUAAGCUCGGACUAGGGGGCACAUCAUAUGCAGAUUUCAUCGGGAGUUUACAUCUGCCAAUGCAGUUGAGUCAGGUCGAUCCUAUAGUAGCAUCCUUCUCUGGAGGAGCGGUAGGUGUAAUCUCAGCCUCGAUGGUAGUUGAAAUAAACAAUGUUAAACAGCAGGAGCAUAAACAAUGCAAGUACUGUCUUGGAACAGGAUAUCUUGCUUGUGCUCGCUGCUCAACUACUGGAUCAAUUGUUCUUACUGAACCAGUCUCCACUGUAAACGGACGAGACCAGCCUUUAUCAUCAUCUCCCAAAACCAGAAGAUGUUCAAACUGUUCGGGAUCCGGAAAGGUGAUGUGUCCGACAUGUCUUUGCACCGGAAUGACAAUGGCAAGCGAACACGACCCACAAAUCGAUCCAUUUGAUUAGAGAUGCAUGCUCACGUCUUAUUAUUUGCUUCAAAUGUAAAAUCCAUCUAUGCAUCUAUUUGUCACAACUCACAAUAUGACCAGUCUUUUGUACAUACAAACAUCUCAAUAGGCUUUCCUUUUCUACAAAUGGAUUUUAUU